UUAGAUGGUUAAUGAAUCUUCACACGAGAUGUGAAAGAAAGAAAGAAUUGUUUUAGAAAUUGACACAUAUCCUUUGAAGAAAUUUAAGUAAAAAGAGCCAAAAAGAAAAGGGAAAGUUGGUUGAGCUACGAUGUUAUAAGAUACACUUCCAGAUCAUGGUGUAACCUCGUCGCCAAACUUUGAGAGAAACCCUCUUUCGUUUCUGUAAAGGAAACUAACCACUUUUUUCUUCUGUUACUACUAUCAUUAUGAUCUUCUCUGAGUUUUGGUAAAGGGAGAUAGCUAGAGAGUAGAGAUUGUGUUGGAUCACAAAGGCUGGAGAAGGGAAACGAGAAAGAAAAACAUAACAAGAAAAUGAUGUCAACAACGUCUCAAACUAGUGUUAACCAUAGCUUGUUUGAAGAGCAAGAUCAGAUCCCAACGCAGAUGGAGUUCAAUAUUCCUUUUCCAUCAACCCAGGCCUUCCCUCCUUUGGGUUGCCAUCAAUCUUUGAAAUCCAUCAGUGCACUGGUUCCUUCACUUUCAUCUGAACCUGCUUCUUCUUCUGCGAAUUUUGCAGAAACCCUAUUUUCAACCGCUGUUCAAAGACAACGAGAAGAUCUCACUUCAAGUUUGAUAGGAGGAGGAGGAGGAGGACAGCUACUUUCCUUGAACAGAUCGAGACUGAAUCCAUGGGCAUGGGAAGAAGUAACCGAUUGCUUGAUGAGUAAAAGAAUGGGAGGAGGUGAUAAUCAUCAUCUAGGGGUUUCCGCCAUGAAGAUGAAGAAAAUGAAGGCAAGGAGAAAGGUGCGGGAGCCAAGGUUUUGCUUCAAGACUAUGAGCGAUGUGGAUGUGUUGGAUGAUGGCUACAAGUGGAGGAAGUACGGACAGAAAGUGGUAAAGAAUACACAACACCCAAGAAGCUACUACCGUUGCACCCAAGAUAACUGUCGAGUGAAGAAACGCGUGGAGCGGUUGGCGGAGGAUCCAAGGAUGGUGAUAACCACAUAUGAGGGGAGACAUGUGCACUCGCCAUCAAAUGAACUCGAAGACUCACAAUCUCCUUCUGAACUUAGUAGCUUCUUGUGGUAGAAUACAGUGCCAACAUAAUGUUCACAUGUAUAUUUUUAUGCUAGCUAGAGACUAGAGACUAAGAGGGAAUAAGUAGAGAGGAAUGAGUAUAAAUUGACAGUGUAUCUAGGAAAUGAUGCGUGCAUGCUUUGGUUCAUUGUCAAUUUUCACUCCUUCCAUCCAUUUUCACCCUUCUAAAACCACAACAUAUGUGGCUGCGUUUACUACUUUUUACAUCGUUUAGAUCAUUUCAGAAGUGUACUUAGUCUUGGUGCUGUUUCAUAAAAACUCAGCAGCAAACCAGUAUUAUUGUAAGUUGCAAACUGGGCUUAAGUUUUUAAUUCUUUUACGUAAAUAGUACCAAAAUAUUUUGAUA